CAAUUUUAUUAAUUACUGUUUAUACUUAAAUAGUUGCAAGUGUUUUCCUUUUUUAAAAAAAGUUUAACAAAUUUGGACUUACACGGUUAAGUCCCAUUUGCGCAUAUUUGUUAAUCGAAUUGCAAUAGUGUAAACGCACUGUCAGGAACUACGGACAAAGAGUUCCCACAGCGGCUUCACCAAGUAACACAAAUUCAAGCAGCUCAUCAAAUACUGGCUCCCAGAGUGGCACAUUAAGCACUAGUCUGAGUAAUACCAACACAAAUACAACAAUGGGUCCUACAGGUAAUAACGGUACACAGCAACAGGGUGAACAAUUGUCAAAAACAAAUUUAUACAUUAGAGGAUUACAGCAAGGCACAACAGAUAAGGAUUUAGUUAGCAUGUGCGCACAAUAUGGAACAAUAAUUUCAACCAAGGCUAUUUUAGAUAAAACAACAAACAAAUGUAAAGGCUACGGUUUUGUUGAUUUCGAAUUACCAGCAUAUGCAGAAGGAGCUGUCAAGGGUCUACAGGCAAAGGGCGUUCAAGCUCAGAUGGCCAAAGUGGGUAUCUGGGUGCUUCAUAGGCCGGCCAUUGUACGUUUGUUUGCAUGCAAGUAAUAUUCACCCCUCACCAAAUCCCAUACUCCAAAUUCU